AAAUCCCGGUAACCGUUUUAGAACAGCAAACAACAAACAACUUGGGAAAACUAGUGCUUUGUGCAUGAGAUAUUCUAGCAAUGACUAAGUAUUGCUUUGAAAUAGGCACACCCCAUGGGCUAUAAAUACAAGCCUAACGCAUAGUAGUAGUCCGAUCUAAACCAAAUCAGACCUUAAUAAUUCAUACCUUAGCCAAGUCAGACCUUAAUCAACUCCUUAAGAUACCAUACAAAAUGUUCGCCAGGCAUCCGGAGACGGUUAAGUCGCUUCAAAUCUCCCUGAGGUUGAAGAGCCGGCGUGAUGCGGAGGCGUUGAUUGAGGUCGAUGAAGUUAAGGAAGCGUUCCGGCUUUACAUGAAUAGGUGUCUUACGGCGGCCUCCAUGAAUAGGGAGUUGCCCGACUGGAAGAAUGUCGACGACUACUUGCAAAGCCUUCGCACGUCGUCUGUGGUUCGAAACAAGGUGAAGACGUUAAAGGAGGCAGUAGAAGAUGAGUGCAAGUCGGCGCCAUACGAGCUCCUACCCCAUGUGUCAAUGUUUGCCCUGCGAAUCAUGAGUUUCUUGACAACUGCCCGGGGCGAGGUGUUCGAUGUCAUCUUAGAUGCCGAGAUAGCAAAGGGCCCCGAAGACAUCCAGUUUGACCGCUGCAUUAGGAUCAUGCACUUGUUGGGUUUCCUUGUCAACCAGGACCGAGAGACGAGGAGAGCCAGAGAGGCUGAGAAAACCCGGCAAGCGAUUGGACAUAACUGGAUAUGAGGCCGCUCUAUGUGACGACGUGAUGAUAUAGCAUGAGACUCGUUCGCUGGUUUCGAACGUGUUAAAGAUGUUUAAUGUUUAACUGUCUCUUUUAAACUGUUCGAUGUAGGUUCCCCGUCUAACAAAUAAAUAAAAUUUAAUUAAUACCUCCUUUUUUCUCUUGCUUUCAUUCGGAGUUUAAUGUCUUUCAUUUGUUCGCCGUAUCCUUAUGUUAUGUAUCUCUCAUUGCCGUUCAUCCGUCUACCCCAUCUAUUCUAUUCCUCUCGUUUCCUCUAUCUGUAUCCGUAGCGUUCCUCCUGCCUUUUCCGCCUCCUUAGCAGAUACUUAAGCA